CAUGUGGACAGCCCCGAAAGCCACAUAUAGGUUAGCCACAAAGAAGAAUAGUAUUCUAUUCUAGGACGUUUGUAAAGAUGCCAUUAAAUUACUACAAAGUGCUCGGCUGCAGCAAGGACUCCACUCAGGAGGACAUUAAGCAUGCUUAUCAUCGACGCUUAUUGCAGUUUCAUCCCGAUAAAAAUGAUGCCGUGGAUAUUCAAGAAUUUCAUGACGUCAAGGAAGCCUGGCGAGUGCUCGGACAUCCACAGUGCAGGAAAAAGUAUGAUGCAGCUUGCAAACAGGAACAGUUAGAGAAAGAAGACAGUCCUGUGUACGCGCGUCUCACGCCGAACAAACUUGAAGAAUCUGAUCUUGAGGACACAUUGUUUUACCGCUGCAGGUGCGGCGAAAAUUAUUUCAUUGAACGAGAAGCUCUUCGGAAAAAAAACACUGUGCUCCAAGUGAUGUGCGACGGUUGUACACUUAUUAUCAUUGUUGAAACAUAGCACAUUGUGUGAUAAUAGUUUAUACAAUAAAAUAAUCUUUGACAGCAU